AAGACGGCGCACGGUAGGCACGGCAUGUUUGGUCGGGAAACGGCGUUGUGCUCAUUCUGAUGUAUCUGCGUGCAGCCACGUGAAAGUUCAAUACAUUCAUCUCUUGCACCACAGCCAUUCCUUUCCACCCUUCUUGCCUCGUUGUACGGGCCACCACACGUAUCUAGUCAUUGAGACGAUAACCAGCCGAGCAUGUCGGUCGUUGUACGCACCGCCCAAGAUGUUGCCAGCAACGUCGGCGCCAGGAUCGAGCACACCACCAACCGCCUCCUCCCGCCAGAGCAGCGCGAACGUGCUCUAGAGAGCCUGCGCGCCUUCUCUGUGCGCAAUCCUAAGAUUGCCUCCUUCCUCGCGGCUCAGACUGCCCUCGCCGGCCUACCUAUCCUUCUGUUCCUCGUCUUCGCCGCUGCCACUCUCAUCGUCUCUCUCUUCACCUUUGUGCUACUCGGUGUCAUCGCCGCCCUCGUGUUCACCCUCUUCACCACCGGCUUCGCUCUCCUCCUCGUUGUCCCUAUCGUCUUCAUCGGCAGCUGUACAGCCAGCAUCGCUUUUGUGUGGGGCCUUAUUGGCUAUAUAGUGCUGCAGCGUUUGAAUGGCGGUGAGACGCCAGUGCAACCUGGCACGAAAGUCGGUGAUAGCCUGAAUGCGCUGACAGGCGGAAGACUACGCGACCUAGUUGAUCGAGACGGUUCAGACGCGCAGCAAGAACAGUUGGCGAUAGAUUCGUCGCAAGACAAGAACGUACCGCUGGAGGGCCAAGGCCGGCGCGGAGAUCACGAGGCACGUAGUGGUUCAUCACGUCGACGAUAUGACAGGCAAAGCAACGGGACUUGCCACGGUGGAGAAGUUGGAGAAGAGAGUCAGGAGGGUGGAGCGCGGGGUACCGCAAUCGGAACGCGAGACCAUCCGGAAGCUCACAUAACCACAUAUGGACCUGUUGAUGAGAGUGUGGUUGACUGGAAGACACAGUUCCAGCGCGAAGGCAUAGUGGCAUGACCUAUAGUCCUAAUGAAUACCACCAUGUAUCGUCAGCCUGCAGACUACCUCUGCGGUUCCUUGGUCCGACUACCUUCCUGCCUGUACUGACGUGGGACAUGACAAUGUAUAUGUGUAGAAACAAAAUACCAAUUGAGGUCUUUCA